AUUUUUAUAUCCGCCAAAAUCCGCUCGCUGAGAAUUCGUCAGGAUAUGUACCUAAGAUAAAUAUAAUGGAAGAUGUGUCAUCUUUGCUCAGAUUGCCUCUUCUCACACGGUAUUUUAACAGCAAACGGUUAUCCUGCAAUCUAUGGCAUCAAUAUCCAUGGAACCAGGCACUUCUUCAGAGAGAAAAUUGACAUGGCUAAUUACAGGCUGUUCCUCGGGCUUCGGUCUGGCCCUCGCGCGACUUGCCCAAGCUAAUGGCCAUAAAGUCAUCGCCACAUCCCGUAACCCAAGUCGGAUGCCGGAUCUAGUAGAAGAGAUCACGAAGAACGGAGGGGAAUGGAUCAGGCUGGACCAGGAAGAGAAAGAGUGCGGCCGUGUCAUCGAAGAGGUUGAAGCGCGGGGACAAGCGAUCGACGUUUUGGCCAACUCCGCAGGCAUCGGCAUGGCAGGCCCUGUCGAAUUCUUUACCGAAGAAGAGGUCCGUCAUGUCAUGGAAACCAAUUUCUUCGGGCCGUAUCGUCUGAUGCGUGCGGCGGCACCGUACAUGCGCAAGAGACGCUCGGGCGUGAUAGUGAACUUCAGCAGCGGUUCUGGAGUGGAAGCUAGACAGUCCCUAGGCGUCUACGGCGCUUCCAAGGCGGCUCUGGAUGGCAUAACGAAAACAUUCCAUCAAGAAAUGCAAGACUUCAACGUCCGCGUCGUAUUGCUUCAUCUCGGAGCCUUCAAUACUCCUAUGGUUACUAAAGUAGCGGCAAUAAGCAAAUCCAUUUACCCCGAAUACAAAGAUACGAUAACCGAGAAAUUCUACACCGCCUUGAGCACGGGCGAUUUCGCUAUCCACGGUGACCAUGUGAAAGCAACUCAAGCAAUAUACGAUGUAGUUAUGGGCAAGGGGAUAGGUGAAGGACAUGAGAAGGAAAUGAUCCUGCCCUUAGGAAGGGAUUUGGCGGAAAGGAUAAGAGAGCAUAGGGAUCGUAUUGACCAUAUGAUGGAGGUGUUUGGAGAGAUUUGCAAUAACGUCGAUGUUGAUACCCCAGAAGCCCCCUAACUACCUGCCCAUUAUCAACGGCUAUCAUAGAGCGAAAGCUAAUUUGUUGGGAUCGAAAUAGCAUCAUGGGGUAGGUAAUGAAUGCACUUAUGGUUGAUCUAGGUAAUCCAAGAAUGCGCUCAAAUACGCCUGUUCCUAGAUCAUCGCGCAUGAUGCUGUGCUUAGGCUGUUCUAGAUUUUUGUCCACCAGGCGUGAUUCAUGGAGAGCAUAGUAAACAUAUAUGAUUUGAAUUAAGUGUCGAAAUUCAAAUAUUUCCCGACAAUUUGCAUUUAUG